AUGGUGGAAAACUGGGGUAUUGGGUUCAUCGUAGCACAGCGAUGGCGGACGGUCCCAGCACAACGACUUUGGUUGCCUGCGGUGAACAGCACACACGGAACGCUCGCCCGUCACCUGUCACGAGGGCGCGGCGCUCGAGCACUCCGCGCACAGUCCACCAUAACGAAGAGCAAUAUUCCGCCGCACAUUUUGGAGAAAGCGAAAGCAACCCCAUCAGAAAAGCUCCACAACCGCGUGCAUCAUCCGCUGUGCACGCUGCGAAAAAUCAUCGAAGCUUAUUUUGAAAACGAGCUAGGUGCGAAGCAAGGGCGACCACCGGUUCAGUUUGCAAAGUUUCAUGACUUGCCGCCGAUCGUCAGUACGCGCGCUUGCUUUGACGAACUGCUGGUCGCUCCGGACCACCCGUCCCGCCGUCCGACAGACACGUACUACCUGGAUGAGGCGACGGUGCUGCGUGCCCAUACGACUGCACAUGAUACGGAGCUGCUGCGGCAGGGCUACCGCGCGUUCCUCGUCACAGGAGAUGUCUAUCGACGCGAUUCCAUCGAUAAAAAGCACUAUCCAAUCUUUCAUCAAAUGGAUGGUGUGCGCGUUUUUGCGGAUGCGCCGUCUGAAGCGUGGGUCCUGGAAGACCUGAAGGAGACGCUGUACGGGCUGGCGCAGUACCUCUUUCGCUGGCCGAAGAACUCCGAAGCGGACAAAUCCCCGAGGACGUCCGCUUUGAGUGACGCCGAUGCAGCACCGAUCCCGGUCAGAUGGGUCGACGCCGAGUUUCCGUUUACGCGACACUCGCUCGAAUUAGAGGUGCUGUGGCAAGGCGACUGGCUCGAGGUACUCGGUUGCGGUGUGAUUCAACCCGAUGUGCUGCGGGCUGGCGACGUGGAUCCCGCUAAGCACUCGGGCUGGGCGUUUGGGCUCGGCCUCGAGCGACUCGCCAUGGUGCUGUUCGAUGUACCCGACAUCCGAUUAUUCUGGAGCUCAGACAAGCGUUUCAUCAAGCAGUUUCAGGACGGAGUCAUCACGCAGUUUCAACCGUAUAGUAAGUAUCCACCCGUCUACAAGGACGUAUCUAUGUGGGUGAAGGACCAACCCGAGGCCAGCGACGGGAACGGCAGCACAAGUGGCCGUCUGUUCCACGAGAAUGAUCUCUGCGAGCUCGUGCGAAAUCUAGCCGGUGAUCUUGUGGAGGACAUUUCGCGAGUGGAUGAAUUUGUCCAUCCCAAAACGAAGCGACGGAGCAUCUGCUAUCGGAUCACAUACCGGAGCCCGGACCGCUCUCUAACCGACGAAGAAAUCAAUCGUAUUCAGAAUCAGGUGCGUGAAUGUAUCCGUUUGGAGAUGUCGGACGUGGCCGAGCUUCGCUAA